GAGGGGACUGGCCCGCCGCGCCCGCCUCUCCGCUCCUCCCAGCCUCCUCUGUCCCGGAAGUUGACGCCGCGCGCCCGGUCGCGUGCUGCUCGCUAGGGGUGUCGCGUUAGAGCUCUGCACGGGCUGGGCUUGCGAAAAGGAUCAGCAUGCCUUUGGCUAGAGAUUUACUGCAUCCUUCCUUGGAAGAGGAAAAGAAAAAACAUAAAAAGAAACGGCUGGUUCAAAGUCCAAAUUCUUACUUUAUGGAUGUAAAAUGCCCAGGUUGCUACAAAAUUACCACGGUUUUCAGCCAUGCUCAGACAGUGGUGCUUUGUGUAGGUUGUUCAACUGUGUUGUGCCAGCCGACAGGAGGAAAGGCCAGACUCACAGAAGGGUGUUCAUUUAGAAGAAAGCAACACUAAUGAUGCACACAACUUCCUAAAUUCGUGUUCUAUCGCAGAAAGCCUUAUCAGUUCAGUAAUUCCAGUUAAUCUACCAAGAUAAUGUAAUUAUGUUUAAUUUUGUAAGGUAAACAACAGCACUCUCCUAUUUUGAUGUCAGUUUUUCAAUAAAGUUUUGAUUAUGGGC